UUUUUUUUUUUCCUUAACCACUUUUAUUUAUAUACAUUUAUAUAUAUAUAUAAAAAAAAAAUGGCCAAUUACAUUUUGUUUGAAACAGCUUCAGGCUAUUCUCUUUUUGAACGUCUUCAAUCUGAAGAAAUUGGUUCCAAAUUAGAAUCUGUUCAAAAUUCCAUUGCUGAUCUUCCCAAGUUUAGCAAGAUGUUGAAACUCAAGUCCUUUUCUCCUUUCAAGAAUGCUGCUGAUGCUUUGGAAAAUGCAAACGACAUUUCUGAAGGUAUUGUUCAUCCUUCUUUAAAGGCCUUUUUAGAAAUGAACCUUCCUAAGGCUGAUAAGAAACAUAAAGUUUGCCUCGGUGUAACUGAAAAGAACUUGGCAGGUGCUAUCAAGGCCGAACUUAAUAUUGAAUGCAGCUCUGAUGAAAUGGUUCAAGAAUUAAUCCGUGGUAUUCGUUUGUGGGCAGACAAGAUGCUUGGACAACUCAAGUCCGGUGAUCUUGAAAAGGCUCAAUUGGGUCUUGGCCACAGUUACUCUCGUGCUAAGGUUAAGUUUAACGUGAAUCGUGCUGAUAACAUGAUCAUUCAAGCCAUUGCUCUUUUAGAUCAAAUGGACAAGGAUGUCAACACCUUUGCUAUGCGUGUUAAGGAAUGGUAUUCUUGGCACUUUCCUGAAAUGGUCAAGAUUGUGAAUGACAAUUACAAAUAUGCUCGUCUCGUAAAGGCCGUCAAGAAUAAGUCUGACUUGAGCGAAUCUAACCUUGAAUCAUUGGCUGAGAUUUUGGAAGGUGAUGAAAAUUUGGCACAACAAAUCUUGGACGCCGCUCGUGCCUCGAUGGGUACUGACAUUAGUCCUGUUGAUAUGAUCAACAUUCAAAACUUUGCUGACCGUGUCAUCUCCCUUGCUGAAUACCGUAAAAAGUUGCACGAGUAUUUAAUUACCAAGAUGAACUAUGUUGCUCCCAACUUGGCUGCUCUCGUGGGUGAAGUCGUCGGUGCUCGUCUUAUCUCUCAAGCCGGUUCUCUCACUAACCUUUCCAAAUACCCUGCCUCUACUUUACAAAUCUUGGGUGCUGAAAAGGCCUUGUUCCGUGCUCUCAAGACGAAGGGAAACACUCCCAAGUAUGGUUUGAUCUAUCAUUCUUCUUUCAUUGGUCGUGCUGGUCAAAAGAAUAAGGGUCGUAUCUCUCGUUACUUGGCCAACAAGUGUACAAUCGCUGCUCGUAUUGAUUGUUUCUCUGAUAACCCUACUGAUAAGUUUGGUAAGGCCCUUAGAAAGCAAGUAGAGGAACGUCUUGAAUUCUUUGAUUCUGGUGCUAUGCCUGAAAAGAACAUUGAUGUCAUGAAGAAGGUCUUGAGUGAAUUAGACGAUGAAGAAGUCAAGACUGUGGAUGUCGUCGAAUCUGCCGCUGCUCCUGUCGCUGGUAAGAAGAGAUCCAUGGAUGAAGAUGAAGAAAAGCCUGCUAAGAAGGCCAAGAAGGAGAAGAAGGAAAAGAAGGAAAAGAAGGAAAAGAAAGAGAAGAAGGAGAAAAAGGAAAAGAAGGAGAAAAAGGAGAAGAAAGAAAAGAAGAAUAAGGAUUAAGAAGAACAUUACUUUUU